AUGGCCACCUGGGUCUACAACUUCGGUGAUGGCAAGGCCGACGGCCGAGCCGAGAUGAAGAAUCUUCUUGGCGGCAAAGGUGCCAACCUUGCGGAAAUGGCCUCCAUCGGGCUGCCCGUGCCACCCGGGUUCACGCUGACGACGGAGAUCUGCACGCACUUCUAUCAGAACGAUUGCAACUAUCCCAAGGAGCUUAACAAGCAGGUCGAGGAGGCACUGGCUUUGGUCCAGAAGCGCACCGGCCGUGUUUUUGGCGACUCCACCAACCCGCUGCUGGUCUCAGUCCGGUCCGGGGCGCGUGCAUCCAUGCCAGGAAUGAUGGAUUCCGUGCUCAAUCUGGGCUUGAACGAUCAGACGGUGGAAGCACUCGCCAAGCAAUCUGGCGACCGGCGCUUUGCCUUCGACAGCUACAGGCGCUUCGUGCAGAUGUACUCCGACGUGGUCCUGGGCAUCGAGAUCAAUCACUUCGAGAAGCACCUGGAGCGUGCGAAGGAGAAGCGUGGUGUGAAGCAGGACUGCGAGCUGCUUGCCUGUGAUCUGGAGAAGUUGGUUAAAUCGUACAAAGCUGUGGUGCAGCUGGAGCUGGGCGAGGAGUUCCCAGAAGAUCCGAAAGCCCAGCUGUGGGGUGCAAUUGGUGCUGUGUCUGGGCUUGAAAGUCUUCAACUCCUGGAUGAACCAACGAGCCAAAACGUACAGGCCCCUUUGUCCAUGCCAAGAGUCUACGGGCAGCUGCACGACAUCCCGGAGUGGUGGGGCACCGCUGUGAACUUCCAGGCCAUGGUCUUCGGCAACAUGGGCAACGACUGUGCCACAGGUGCUGGGUCCCAGUACCGUGCGGGUGCUUUCCAGUCACCGCGGCGAGUGCAACUGCUGUUCGAGCGGGCUUUGCGCAGCGUGGCCUUCACUCGUGACCCCUCCACCGGAACCAACGAAUUCUACGGUGAGUUCUUGGUGAAUGCGCAGGGCGAAGACGUGGUCGCCGGAAUCCGCACACCACAAGAGCUGACGAUCAAAGCCCGCAAGUCCCAUGGUUCGGAUCUGCCCUCCUUGGAAGAGGUGAUGCCGCAAAUUUUCAAGGAGCUGCUAUCAGUGCGGCGCCAGCUGGAGACCCACUACAAGGAUAUGCAGGACAUCGAGUUCACGAUACAACAGGGUAAACUCUACAUGCUGCAGACGCGCAACGGAAAGCGGACGGCUCCAGCUGCGUUGAAGAUUGCCGUUGACAUGGCCCAGGAGGGCUUGAUCUCCAAGUCGCAAGCUAUCCUGAGCUUGAAGCCGGAUUUGGUGGACCAGCUGCUUCACCCCACGCUAGACCCGAAGGCCAAGAAAGAGGUGAUCGCCAAGGGCUUUCCUGCCUCUCCCGGUGCUGCUGGCGGCAAGGUUGCCUUGCUUGAGAAGGUUGUCUUCUCUGCUGACGAAGCGGUGCGACGGUGCAAGGAUGGCGAGAAGGUCAUCCUUGUCCGCAUCGAGACCAGCCCGGACGACACUCACGGCUUGCACGCAGCGGAGGGAGUCCUGACCACCCGAGGUGGCAUGACAAGCCAUGCUGCAGUGGUCGCCCGCGGGAUGGGCCGUCCUUGCGUGGCGGGUGCGGGCGCCAUCACAGUGGACUAUGCUGCGGCUGAGCUCACUGUGGGUUCGGUGACGGUUGCGGAGGGGCAGAUCCUCACCAUCGACGGAAGCACCGGAGAGGUCAUUGUUGGUGAAGUUCCCACGGUGCCUCCACAGCUGUCUGGAUCCUUCGGGACCAUCAUGGAGUGGGCGGAUGAGUUCCGGGACAUGAAGGUCCGCGCAAACGCAGAGACUCCAGCCGAUGCUCGACAAGCCAAGGAGUUCGGCGCGGAAGGCAUCGGUCUUGUGAGGACGGAGCACAUGUUCUUCGAAGGCCAGCGCAUUGUGGCGAUGAGGCAGAUGAUCUUGGCCACAGAUGAGAGCGAUCGGCGACAGGCGCUGGAGAAGCUCUUGGUCAUGCAGCGGGAAGACAUCACCGAAUUGUUCAAGAUUAUGGACGGAAUGCCGGUCACGGUGCGCUUGCUGGAUCCUCCGUUGCACGAGUUCAUCCCGCUUCUCGGCUUGACUCGGCUUUGGAAGAGAAUCAUUCUGCACACGGAAGCCGAGAUGGCACUGGUGGCGAAAGCUGCAGGCGUUCCCCUGGAGCGGGCGCGAGCCAUCUUCGAAGCCGCAGCCGAGGUCGGCCGAAGCUCCAAGAAGCUGCCAGUGGCAGAGGUCAUGGUGCCACUUGUGGCCACCGCCGAAGAGCUGAAGCUGCUGAAGGGGGUCAUUGAGAAGACUGCAGAUGAAGUGAAGAAGGAGCAGGGCAUUACCUUCAGCUACAAGGUGGGCACCAUGAUUGAGCUUCCUCGUGCAGCCUUGCAGGCUGGAAAGCUGGCAGAAAUGGCGGAGUUCUUCAGCUUUGGCGCCAAUGACCUCACGCAGACCACCUACGGCUUGAGCCGUGAUGAUGCUGGAUCCUUCUUGCCUGAGUACAAGGCUAAGGGAAUCGUGGAGACGGAUCCCUUCGUGUCCCUUGAUCCCGACGGCGUCGGCGAGCUGAUCACCAUGGCGGUGGAGCGCGGUCGCAGCACCAGGCCCCACAUGAAGAUGGGCAUCUGCGGCGAGCACGGCGGCGACCCUGCCUCCAUCGAGGUUUGCGAACGCAUCGGCCUGGAUUAUGUGAGCUGCUCGCCUUUCCGCGUGCCAGUCGCCAGGCUGGCCGCCGCUCAGUCUGCCUUGAAGAUCAAGGGCAAGAAAGCCAAGCAGAGCUCCACGAAGGAGUCAGGCGUAUUCCUACUCGUACCAGACAUGGCCACGUGGGUCGACAAUUUCGGUGAUGGCCAGGCCGACGGCCGAUCCGAGAUGAAGAAUCUUCUUGGCGGCAAAGGUGCCAACCUUGCGGAAAUGGCCUCCAUCGGGCUGCCCGUGCCACCCGGGUUCACGCUGACGACGGAGAUCUGCACGCACUUCUAUCAGAACGAUUGCAACUAUCCCAAGGAGCUUAACAAGCAGGUCGAGGAGGCACUGGCUUUGGUCCAGAAGCGCACCGGCCGUGUUUUUGGCGACUCCACCAACCCGCUGCUGGUCUCAGUCCGGUCCGGGGCGCGUGCAUCCAUGCCAGGAAUGAUGGAUUCCGUGCUCAAUCUGGGCUUGAACGAUCAGACGGUGGAAGCACUCGCCAAGCAAUCUGGCGACCGGCGCUUUGCCUUCGACAGCUACAGGCGCUUCGUGCAGAUGUACUCCGACGUGGUCCUGGGCAUCGAGAUCAAUCACUUCGAGAAGCACCUGGAGCGUGCGAAGGAGAAGCGUGGUGUGAAGCAGGACUGCGAGCUGCUUGCCUGUGAUCUGGAGAAGUUGGUUAAAUCGUACAAAGCUGUGGUGCAGCUGGAGCUGGGCGAGGAGUUCCCAGAAGAUCCGAAAGCCCAGCUGUGGGGUGCAAUUGGUGCUGUCUUCAACUCCUGGAUGAACCAACGAGCCAAAACGUACAGGCAGCUGCACGACAUCCCGGAGUGGUGGGGCACCGCUGUGAACGUCCAGGCCAUGGUCUUCGGCAACAUGGGCAACGACUGUGCCACAGGCGUGGCCUUCACUCGUGACCCCUCCACCGGAACCAACGAAUUCUACGGUGAGUUCUUGGUGAAUGCGCAGGGCGAAGACGUGGUCGCCGGAAUCCGCACACCACAAGAGCUGACGAUCAAAGCCCGCAAGUCCCAUGGUUCGGAUCUGCCCUCCUUGGAAGAGGUGAUGCCGCAAAUUUUCAAGGAGCUGCUAUCAGUGCGGCGCCAGCUGGAGACCCACUACAAGGAUAUGCAGGACAUCGAGUUCACGAUACAACAGGGUAAACUCUACAUGCUGCAGACGCGCAACGGAAAGCGGACGGCUCCAGCUGCGUUGAAGAUUGCCGUUGACAUGGCCCAGGAGGGCUUGAUCUCCACGUCGCAAGCUAUCCUGAGCUUGAAGCCGGAUUUGGUGGACCAGCUGCUUCACCCCACGCUGGACCCGAAGGCCAAGAAAGAGGUGAUCGCCAAGGGCCUUCCUGCCUCUCCCGGUGCUGCUGGCGGCAAGGUUGCCUUGCUUGAGAAGGUUGUCUUCUCUGCUGACGAAGCGGUGCGACGGUGCAAGGAUGGCGAGAAGGUCAUCCUUGUCCGCAUCGAGACCAGCCCGGACGACAUUCACGGCUUGCGCGCAGCGGAGGGUGGCAUGACAAGCCAUGCUGCCGUGGUCGCCCGCGGGAUGGGCCGCCCUUGUGUGGCGGGUGCAGGCGCCAUCACAGUAGACUAUGCUGCGGCGAAGCUCACUGUGGGUUCGGUGACGGUUGCGGAGGGGCAGAUCCUCACCAUCGACGGAAGCACCGGAGAGGUCAUUGUUGGUGAAGUUCCCACGGUGCCUCCACAGCUGUCUGGAUCCUUCGGGACCAUCAUGGAGUGGGCGGAUGAGUUCCGGGACAUGAAGGUCCGCGCAAACGCAGAGACUCCAGCCGAUGCUCGACAAGCCAAGGAGUUCGGCGCGGAAGGCAUCGGUCUUGUGAGGACGGAGCACAUGUUCUUCGAAGGACAGCGCAUUGUGGCGAUGCGGCAGAUGAUCUUGGCCACAGAUGAGAGCGAUCGGCGACAGGCGCUGGAGAAGCUCUUGGUCAUGCAGCGGGAAGACAUCGCCGAAUUGUUCAAGAUUAUGGACGGAAUGCCGGUCACGGUGCGCUUGCUGGAUCCUCCGUUGCACGAGUUCAUCCCGCUUCUCGGCUUGACUCGGCUUUGGAAGAGAAUCAUUCUGCACACGGAAGCCGAGAUGGCACUGGUGGCGAAAGCUGCAGGCGUUCCCCUGGAGCGGGUGCGCAGGCGUGCUGCAGAGAGUCGAAGCUCCAAGAAGCUGCCAGUGGCAGAGGUCAUGGUGCCACUUGUGGCCACCACCGAAGAGCUGAAACUGCUGAAGGGUGUCAUUGAGAAGACUGCAGAUGAAGUGAAGAAGGAGCAGGGCAUUACCUUCAGCUACAAGGUGGGCACCAUGAUUGAGCUUCCUCGUGCAGCCUUGCAGGCUGGAAAGCUGGCAGAAAUGGCGGAGUUCUUCAGCUUUGGCACCAAUGACCUCACGCAGACCACCUACGGCUUGAGCCGUGAUGAUGCUGGAUCCUUCUUGCCUGAGUACAAGGCUAAGGGAAUCGUGGAGACGGAUCCCUUCGUGUCCCUUGAUCCCGACUUCGUCGGCGAGCUGAUCACCAUGGCGGUGGAGCGCGGUCGCAGCACCAGGCCCCACAUGAAGAUGGGCAUCUGUGGCGAGCAUGGCGGCGACCCUGCCUCCAUCGAGGUCUGCGAACGCAUCGGCCUGGAUUAUGUGAGCUGCUCGCCUUUCCGCGUGCCAGUUGCCAGGCUAGCCGCCGCUCAGUCUGCCUUGAAGAUCAAGGGCCAGAAAGCCAAGCAGAGCUCCACGAAGGUGCUGGGACGGCGAAUCCGCUUCGACCUGCGUUUGCAGGAGUCAGGCGUAUUCCUACUCGUACCAGACAUGGCCACGUGGGUCGACAAUUUCGGUGAUGGCCAGGCCGACGGCCGAUCCGAGAUGAAGAAUCUUCUUGGCGGCAAAGGUGCCAACCUUGCGGAAAUGGCCUCCAUCGGGCUGCCCGUGCCACCCGGGUUCACGCUGACGACGGAGAUCUGCACGCACUUCUAUCAGAACGAUUGCAACUAUCCCAAGGAGCUUAACAAGCAGGUCGAGGAGGCACUGGCUUUGGUCCAGAAGCGCACCGGCCGUGUUUUUGGCGACUCCACCAACCCGCUGCUGGUCUCAGUCCGGUCCGGGGCGCGUGCAUCCAUGCCAGGAAUGAUGGAUACCGUGCUCAAUCUGGGCUUGAACGAUCAGACGGUGGAAGCACUCGCCAAGCAGUCUGGCGACCGGCGCUUUGCCUUCGACAGCUACAGGCGCUUCGUGCAGAUGUACUCCGACGUGGUCCUGGGCAUCGAGAUCAAUCACUUCGAGAAGCACCUGGAGCGUGCGAAGGAGAAGCGUGGUGUGAAGCAGGACUGCGAGCUGCUUGCCUGUGAUCUGGAGAAGUUGGUUAAAUCGUACAAAGCUGUGGUGCAGCUGGAGCUGGGCGAGGAGUUCCCAGAAGAUCCGAAAGCCCAGCUGUGGGGUGCAAUUGGUGCUGUCUUCAACUCCUGGAUGAACCAACGAGCCAAAACGUACAGGCAGCUGCACGACAUCCCGGAGUGGUGGGGCACCGCUGUGAACGUCCAGGCCAUGGUCUUCGGCAACAUGGGCAACGACUGUGCCACAGGCGUGGCCUUCACUCGUGACCCCUCCACCGGAACCAACGAAUUCUACGGUGAGUUCUUGGUGAAUGCGCAGGGCGAAGACGUGGUCGCCGGAAUCCGCACACCACAAGAGCUGACGAUCAAAGCCCGCAAGUCCCAUGGUUCGGAUCUGCCCUCCUUGGAAGAGGUGAUGCCGCAAAUUUUCAAGGAGCUGCUAUCAGUGCGGCGCCAGCUGGAGACCCACUACAAGGAUAUGCAGUACAUCGAGUUCACGAUACAACAGGGUAAACUCUACAUGCUGCAGACGCGCAACGGAAAGCGGACGGCUCCAGCUGCGUUGAAGAUUGCCGUUGACAUGGCCCAGGAGGGCUUGAUCUCCAAGUCGCAAGCUAUCCUGAGCUUGAAGCCGGAUUUGGUGGACCAGCUGCUGGACCCGAAGGCCAAGAAAGAGGUGAUCGCCAAGGGCCUUCCUGCCUCUCCCGGUGCUGCUGGCGGCAAGGUUGCCUUGCUUGAGAAGGUUGUCUUCUCUGCUGACGAAGCGGUGCGACGGUGCAAGGAUGGCGAGAAGGUCAUCCUUGUCCGCAUCGAGACCAGCCCGGACGACAUUCACGGCUUGCACGCAGCGGAGGGAGUCCUGACCACUCGAGGUGGCAUGACAAGCCAUGCUGCCGUGGUCGCCCGCGGGAUGGGCCGCCCUUGUGUGGCGGGUGCAGGCGCCAUCACAGUAGACUAUGCUGCGGCGAAGCUCACUGUGGGUUCGGUGACGGUUGCGGAGGGGCAGAUCCUCACCAUCGACGGAAGCACCGGAGAGGUCAUUGUUGGUGAAGUUCCCACGGUGCCUCCACAGCUGUCUGGAUCCUUCGGGACCAUCAUGGAGUGGGCGGAUGAGUUCCGGGACAUGAAGGUCCGCGCAAACGCAGAGACUCCAGCCGAUGCUCGACAAGCCAAGGAGUUCGGCGCGGAAGGCAUCGGUCUUGUGAGGACGGAGCACAUGUUCUUCGAAGGCCAGCGCAUUGUGGCGAUGAGGCAAAUGAUCUUGGCCACAGAUCAGAGCGAUCGGCGACAGGCGCUGGAGAAGCUCUUGGUCAUGCAGCGGGAAGACAUCACCGAAUUGUUCAAGAUUAUGGACGGAAUGCCGGUCACGGUGCGCUUGCUGGAUCCUCCGUUGCACGAGUUCAUCCCGCUUCUCGGCUUGACUCGGCUUUGGAAGAGAAUCAUUCUGCACACGGAAGCUGAGAUGGCACUGGUGGCGAAAGCUGCAGGCGUCCCCCUGGAGCGGGUGCGCAGGCGUGCUGCAGAGCUUCAGGAAGCCAACCCCAUGCUGGGCCAUCGCGGUUGCCGACUGGCCAUCACCUAUUAUCCGGAGAUCUGCGAGAUGCAAGCGCGAGCCAUCUUCGAAGCCGCAGCCGAGGUCGGCCGAAGCUCCAAGAAGCUGCCAGUGGCAGAGGUCAUGGUGCCACUUGUGGCCACCACCGAAGAGCUGAAGCUGCUGAAGGGUGUCAUUGAGAAGACUGCAGAUGAAGUGAAGAAGGAGCAGGGCAUUACCUUCAGCUACAAGGUGGGCACCAUGAUUGAGCUUCCUCGUGCAGCCUUGCAGGCUGGAAAGCUGGCAGAAAUGGCGGAGUUCUUCAGCUUUGGCACCAAUGCUAAGGGAAUCGUGGAGACGGAUCCUUUCGUGUCCCUUGAUCCCGACGGCGUCGGCGAGCUGAUCACCAUGGCAGUGGAGCGCGGUCGCAGCACCAGGCCGAACAUGAAGAUGGGCAUCUGCGGCGAGCACGGCGGCGACCCUGCCUCCAUCGAGGUCUGCGAACGCAUCGGCCUGGGUUAUGUGAGCUGCUCGCCUUUCCGCGUGCCAGUUGCCAGGCUAGCCGCCGCUCAGUCUGCCUUGAAGAUCAAGGGCCAGAAAGCCAAGCAGAGCUCCACGAAGGCCACCAAGCCCCGGGUACAAAACUUCGGGCCGUGGUGA